GGCUUUUUUCAAGUGUUAACAAAAUUUCUAUCACAUAGCAGUUCGGUUGGAAUUCUAAAGAUGUCUACUACGGAAAUGCAGCCAUUUUUAAAAGGAGAAAAGCCCUUAAGUUACUCCAAAGCAGGGCUAAUUGGGACCGGUGAGAGUGCAACGGAUGAGCCAGAUGAGAACAUAGAUACUGACUCACACACAAGACUUCAUGAAACUCCAACAAUAGAACAACAUGUUGACAUAUUAGGGGUAUAUGUCCCCAUGAAAGCGCUGAAUAUUUGCUUGGCUAUAUUCUCUGUGCUAUUUAACGUUGCUAUGAACAUUACCUUACCAUUACAUUCUCAAGCUGUUAAUAGAGCCAAGGGUGAUGAAUACAAUGUGCUCCUGUUCUCCGCAUUCUGGUUUCCUAUCAUCUUCUACAUCAUUGACAGGGACAUGCCAAUAUUGCCCACAUCUAAAUGGUACCAUGUAGUGAUGGUCGGAUCAUUUAAUGGACUGAAUGGAUUAUUGGUUGUGUAUGCUAGUGACCCUUCACGUACACCCCCAUACCCCAUAUGGUGGACAUUUUUCCAAUGUUCACCUGAGUUUGCCUGGGGCCCAGUGUUUAAUGAAACUACAGUGUUUACUCUGAUUGGAUUAUCUAUAAUGAUGCCUGGUGUCAUAAUGUACAACUAUUUUAGUCAGCAGGAUGUGAAAGAGAAAGAACAAUUGAGUCAAUCAACAAGACUUCAGCAGCCCUAGUCAAUAAAAGAUUUAUUAAUCUCGGACAAUAAAAACUCGUACAGCUCAAGAUAUAAUACAUA